AUGAAUCCUCAGGUCAUCCUCGUCACGGGUGCGAAUAGGGGUAUCGGCUACGGAAUUGUUCGUAGCCUGCUUACUUCUGCCCCUUCCCACUCUAUCAUUUACUUGACCUCUCGUGAUGUUUCCCGCGGGCAGAGGGCCGUCACAGAGCUUUCUAACAUUGGGGGGCGUACUUCGAAUUUGGUUUAUCACCAAUUGGACAUCACCGACGAACAGAGCAUCGACGCACUGGUUAACAAGAUCAGGAAUGCCCAUGGGAGACUCGAUGUGCUCAUUAACAAUGCUUCGAUUGCUGGGACUGAUAAUGAAUUGAUGGUUGAUGUCAAUUAUUACGGAACUUUGAUGGUGUGCAAGAAAUUCCUCCCAAUCAUUGAGAAAGAGCACGGACGCAUCGUCACCAUCGGUUCUGCGAUUGGUCAUCUCGCUGCAUUCGAAAACGAGGAGAUAAGGAAUCAACUCGGCAACCCAGAACUGACAAUCGAGGAGCUGAGUGCUCUGAUGGACAAGUACAAGGCGGACUGCAAGGACGGUAAGGCGAGUGAGAAUGGGUGGCCCAUGGCAUAUGCCGUUACCAAAGCCGGGGAGACAGCACUUUCUGGAAUAUUGGCUAGGAAGUACCCUAGCUUGCUCAUCAACGUUUGCUGCCCUGGAUGGGUUAAUACAGAAAUGGGUGCCUCCAUGGGGGGCAAACCACCCAAGACUAUUGACGAGGGUGCAAGGAUCCCCGUUAGGCUUGCCAUCAACGACCUUAGUGGCAUUUCCGGAGGUUUUUGGGAAAACCCCAACGUCAUGGAUACUGGUGUUGGCAGUAUCUCGGUUUGGUAA